GUCAUCCAACGUAAUUAGCGUUCGUCCGCUGCCGGCGUCACGUUCUUUAACCUGUUCCAGGGAUGUGUACGGAGGAACAUGGCGAAACCGUGGAGACGCUGUUGGAGGUGGCGGACUACAGCCUCGACCUGUACGAGUUUACUAGAAACCAUAUGCUGUUUUAACGGAACUUCUGCUACCUCGUUGUUCCUCCGAGGAACUGGAACCGUCUCUGGCCCGGGAAAUGAGGGGCUGUCCUCAAGGACUGUACACACAACCUCACUAGGCAACUCUAUUCUGACAAGGCACAAAUCAAGGUUGCUUUACCCUACACAGAAGCCUUGUUGCUGCAAAAGGAUACACAGCGACGCCAAGUUGAAGGACCCCUUCGCUCUAGCCCAAAAAGACUUGAAUAAUUUGUACGAAGAUAUCAAGAAGGAACUUUUUGUGUCCAAAUCAGAGUUGAAGUCCUUAUGUGACUACUAUUUUGACGGGAAGGGCAAGGCUUUCCGACCCAUGAUAGUGGUGCUGAUGGCCCGGGCCUGCAAUAGUCACAGCAACCAAGACGGAGAUCUGCUCCCAGGUCAGCGAUCCAUAGCUAUGAUCUCUGAGAUGAUCCACACUGCCAGCCUGGUCCACGAUGAUGUCAUCGAUGGCUCGGACAAGCGCAGGGGGAAGACCACUAUCAACGAAGUGUGGGGCGAGAGAAAGGCCAUUUUAGCUGGAGACUUCAUCCUCUCGGCAGCCUCCAUGGCUCUGGCCCGUAUCGGCAACAACACAGUGGUGUCAGUCCUGUCUCAGGUCAUGGAGGAUCUGGUGCGAGGUGAAUUCAUGCAGCUGGGCUCCAAAGAGAAUGAGAAUGAGAGAUUUAAACACUACCUCGACAAGACAUUUAAGAAGACUGCCAGUCUUAUCGCCAACAGUUGUAAAGCUGUAUCCAUUCUAGUGAACUCUGAUCCAGAGGUUCAUGAAAUAGCCUUCCAGUAUGGGAGGAAUGUUGGCAUCGCCUUCCAGCUGGUGGAUGAUGUGCUUGACUUCACAGCGUGUGCCAGCCAACUAGGAAAGCCUUCAGCUACAGAUCUCAAGCUGGGUCUGGCCACCGGACCAGUCCUGUUUGCCUGCCAACAGUUUCCUGAGCUGCACGGUAUGAUCAUGAGGCAGUUUAGCUCCAGUGGAGAUGUCGCUCGUGCCUGGCAGUAUGUCCAGGAGAGUGAGGGUGUGGAUCAGACCAACUUCCUGGCCCAGCACUACUGCCAAGAGGCUAUCCGGCAGAUCAGCUUGCUCAGGCCCUCUGUGGAGCGGGACGCCCUUAUCAGGCUCACCCAGAUGGUCCUUACCCGUGACAAGUGAGCCCCCACCACGUCACUUCAGGCAGCUACUUGUACCUGUGGAAGGCCACCCCAUGGAGGGGGGUGAUGGUUUCAAGCGGUGAUGUUCCCAUUGGGUCCUGAUGGAACACUGUUUAUUUUGUUUACAUAACUAAGAUAAAAGGUGGAACUAAACUGUGCAUACACAGGUUCUUCAGGACUGACUUCUGAGAUGCACUGCUUCACAUUACUUGUGUCUUCUUCCUUUCCUCUGGGAAAACACUGAAGGGCUCACAGAACAAAGAAUGUUAUUGAAUGUUAUGGGUUUUCAAUGCCGGUCCUGCAGGACCCCCCCCCUCCUGCCUGAAAAAAGGUUUCUGACUUCAAAGCGAUAAAAUGACAUGUCAGUGAGGAUUUGACACAGAUCAUUGUUUUAAAAAAUCACUGAAUUAUCAAAUGUUCAUUGUAUACAGUACUGUAACUGCAGCCCCCCCACCCACCUUGAACUGGCAGAUUGUAUUUGGUCAUCAAAGGCAGUUGACAUUGCUCUCAAGGUUUGGGACGGAAUGGCCACUGCAGAAUAAUUUUUAUUCCAUGAUGAGACCGAAGAUAUAGUGUCAUUGUGAUAUAGGUGGUGUGUGUGUGUGUGUGUGUGAAGACAUUGCUUGAAGAUCCGUCCGCACCGCACGAAUGCCAAACUUUUGUCAUGGUGAGUCGUACCAAUUAGAGAAUGUUGUUAUAUAUUGUAGAUGCUUCCUGUAUCAAGUGAUUAAUAACAAUGAAGGCCUUAACAUCCACAAUCACUGUACUCAAAUUAAAACAGGUUUUGUUUUUUGAA